AUUUAACGUUGUAGAAUAUUGCUGAUAUACACAUUUUACUUGUAUAAAGGGCGACAUGCUCUGCGGUAGGUGAAGAUCAUACCGAUGCCCCAUGACAUGGUCCAGCAUUGCUUAUGGAGUACAUUCAUGUCGUCACCGACUUCGGGGUACCGUGGGGGUCUGCAAAAUCAUUAGAAAACGGGCCUUUGCCAGCUCCUGCUGCUCAUCGUUUGAUGUGAACCACCUAUUAGCACGGACAUGGAUGCUAGAUGUCCCCAAUACCAAGGUUGAAUCUACGCCAGAGUCCCAUUCCUCAACCUAUUCAAGAUGUAAGUCAUCCAUAUAGGAUGUACGUAACGAUUCCAUUCUAGAACAAAUAUAUUUGCCCUAGGGAUUGCCUGCACAGGUCCGGACGAUCUCAUGCCCGGGUAUUCCCGAAGGAAGCCUGCGCGUCAUCCAGGACGAUCUAUUACACCCGAUCCUGGGUGGUAACAAGCUUCGCAAGCUCGAUGGCCUGAUGCCAGCAUUGGCAGCUGAUGGCGUGACUGAUCUGGUCACUUGUGGAGGGCUGCAGAGCGCACACACUGCCGCAGUGGCGGCUGCCUGCGCAGAGAGAGGCAUCACUGCGCACCUGCUGGUGCGCGGGGAGCGCCCCGCUGUGCCCACAGGCUACCACAUGCUGGCGCGCAUGUUUGGGCGGGUGACUUAUGUGAGCAGGAGCGAGUACGCACACCGGCAGGCCAUGUUUGACAAGCACGUCGCGCGCGUGACUGAUGCUGCCGGUCCCAAUGCAAGCCAGGUGCGCGCGGUGCACGAGGGAGCCGCCGAGCCGCUGGCGCUGCUGGGCCUGAUCAGGCUCGUGGAUUACCUGUCGGAGCCUGCCACCCUCGGCCGCGGCCCCUGCCACCUCGUCACCGACUGCGGCACCGGAGCCACCGCCAUCGGGCUGGCGUUGGGUGUGGCUCUGAAGGGCCUGCCUUGGCAAGUGCACGGAGUGAUGCUGGCGGGCACUGAGGAAUACUACGAGCGCCAGCAGGCGGAGCUGACGGCCGCUUUCCAUGCAGAGUUUGGGGCAGGCAAGCACUGGAGUGUCUUGCUGCCAGAUGGAGCAUCUACAAGUGCUCUCCCGCUGCACUGGAGGCCGCGUGUUAGGCCCAGGAAGUUUGGAGCUGUGCUGCCUGGGGAUGUCGCCACCUGUCAGGAGGUGGCUCGGGACACGGGAAUACUGCUGGAUCCCAUAUACAGUUUGGCAGCUUGGGAGGCUGCGACAGAGCUGGCAGGGGGAGCAGAGGGCAGCGUGGCGAUGCUGCACAGCGGGGGAAUGAUGGGCCUGUUUGGCCUCGCGCAGCGCUUCCCGGACCAGUUCUAG